AUGGAUAAAGCAAGACUUGGAAACGGGGCAGCUGAAGAAGUGACGCGUGAGUCGCUUAUCGCCAUUUCUUACCUUGAACCAUAUAAGAUUCUCCCUUCAAAUCUCUCAUCUGGAAAGUUGAAUGGUGAAACUCUGGUUAAAACGAUAGAUUCUGAUCAAGAGAAAUUUAGGUAUGAGCUGAUGUCUAUUUCCUACUGUUCACCCCGAAAGCGUGGCUUUCUAUUCUAG